CUAUUUUUUAUUCCAUUAGAAAUUCUACUGACAGUAUAAAAUAAAAUAAAAGAAGCAUCCAAUAGUAUUAAGACUCAAGAACCAACUUGGUCAUUAAAUAAUUAAGACAAUAACAUUGAACUCUACCUACUAAUAAUGAUCAUAUAAAUUUCAAUAAAAUAAACUUCCAAUAAUGUAUAAGACUCAAGAACAAACGACAAGAACCGGCUUAGUCAUUAAAUAAUUAAAACAAAAACAUUCAACUAUAGAACCUACUAAUCAUGAUCAUAUAAAAUUUAUAUCACUUACCAUUUGAAACUUGUAUGAGAAACAUUUAAACAAAUUUCAAAUUGUGUUUAGAAACAAAAGUUGAGUAGUGUUUUGUCAUCUAAAGUUUCUCAUAGAGAUGGAAUCACAAUCUCAAGAACUCAAUGUUAUUUUUCUACCAUAUCUAACACCUGGUCAUAUGAACCCUAUGAUUGACACGGCAAGACUAUUUGCAAAACAUGGUGUUAAUGUUACCAUUAUCACUACACAAGCCAAUGCCUUGUUAUUCAAGAAAUCCAUAGAGAGCGACAUCAUUUCCGGAUAUUCCAUCAAAACAUGUGUCAUUCAAUUCCCUUCAGCCCAAGUUGGUCUUCCAGAAGGAAUUGAAAACGUCAAAGACGGAACUUCAUUAGAAAUGCUUGGUAAAAUCGGUCAUGGAAUUUCACUGCUUCAAGAGCAAAUUGAAAUUCUGUUUCAAGAUCUCCAACCAGAUUGUAUAGUCUCAGACAUGUUUUAUCCUUGGACAGUUGAAUCGGCUGCAAAACUCGGUGUUCCGAGGAUUUACUAUUAUAGCUCAAGCUACUUCUCAAGCUGUGCUGUUCAUUUUAUCAGAAAGUAUAAGCCUCAUGAGGGUUUAGUUUCUGAUUCUCAAAAAUUUUCAAUUCCUGGAAUUCCACAUAACAUUGAGAUUACCUCUCUGCAGCUACCAGAUUACUUUAGAACUAGAAGUGAUUUCUCAGAUUUUUUGGAUGUCAUAUAUGAAUCAGAAAGUAGAAGCUAUGGAACACUUUACAAUAACUUUCAUGAGCUUGAAAGUGAUUAUGAGCAACUUUACAAAACCACAAUGAAGAUCAAAGCAUGGAGUGUAGGACCAGUUUCAACGUGGAUUAACAACGAUGGUGCAACUGAAAACAUUGCAGUAGAUUCAGAAUUGUUAAAUUGGCUUAACUCAAAGGAAAAUGAUUCUGUGUUAUAUGUAAGUUUUGGAAGCUUGACUAGGCUUUCUUAUGCUCAGAUUGUUGAAAUAGUUUAUGGACUUGAAAAAUCAGGCCAUAAUUUCAUUUGGGUUGUGAGGAAAAUAGAUGGAAACGAAGACGGUUUUCUUAAAGACUUUGAGAAAACAUUGAAAGAAAGCCAAAAGGGCUAUAUCAUAUGGAAUUGGGCACCACAGCUUCUGAUAUUGAAUCAUCCUGCAACAGGUGGAAUUGUGACUCACUGUGGAUGGAACUCGAUUCUCGAAAGCUUGAGUGUUGGUUUGCCAAUGAUUACAUGGCCAAUGUUUGCUGAGCAAUUUUACAAUGAGAAGUUACUUGUUGAUGUUUUGAAGAUUGGUGUUUCAGUUGGAUCAAAAGUGAACAAGUUUUGGGUUAGCAUUGAUGAAGAUGUGGUGAGAAGGGAAGAGAUUGCAAAGGCUGCGGAAGUGUUGAUGGGAAGAGGAGAUGAGAGUGGAGAAAUUAGGAGAAGAGCAAGAAAACUUUGUGAUGAAGGUAAGAAGAGUAUAGAAGAGGGUGGAUCUUCUUACAACAAUUUGAUACAGUUCAUUGAUGAGAUUAAAUCAUUGAAGAUAUCAAGAGAGAUUGAGAAAACUAAGUAAAUGAAAUGGAGAUGCAUGGAGGAAUAAUGAAUAAGGUUUCUUAGCUCAACUGCCAGAAAUGCUGAAAUUGCUAGGUCGGACGUUAUGACUGGGGUUCGAAUUCCGGUCCCUCCACUUUGUGUGAGUGAGUUUCCAAUGGUUUGUCAUUUCGUCUAUGUAAAAAAAAAAAAAAAACAAAGGAAUGUUAUGCAAGUAUUUUCUCUAUGAAAUUAACUUUUAGGAUGGUAGCUUUGAGUCUAUUUUCAAUGUAGAAAAUGUUGAUGCUUAACCCUUUGAAAUUAACUUCGGAAUUGUCUGCUCUUGUUGUAAGUGUUAGUCUACAAGAACAAUUAGAUUACUUUAUUAUGGUUUGA